AUGUUGCAGCAAAAUCGCUUUACAUCCGCAUCUUUGCUGGCACUGACCGGAUGCACAAAAGAGACUGGGUCUCUAUGGGGUUCCUGGGUCGGUAUUGCAUUCGGCCUUUGGGUCAUCGCGUGGAUCAUCGCUGAAGCAAUCCCAGUCUUCAACAACCUUCUCAGCUUCAAUACUGCGCUAUUUGGUAGCUGGUUUACCUUUGGAUUUACCGGCAUGUUUUGGCUACACAUGAACAAGGAACUGUGGUUUUCUUCUCCUAAGAAAAUCAUGCUGACCUUACUCAACACCUUCGCGAUUUGUGUUGGUAUUACUCUAUGUGUUCUCGGUCUCUAUGCUUCCGGGUCGGCCAUUCAUAACAACCCUGGCAGCUCUAGCUUUUCGUGUGCCUCUAAUACUGCGUGA